AUGGCCGCACAGACAUCAUUAGAACUGAUAGACAAAGACCUUUGCAUCGACUACUUCACGGAAACCCUUCUGCGAGGCGUACCGCCUGUAGAUGGCUGCGGCGUCGGCACCCCCUGCAUCACCGAGGGUGAUGGCAACUGCCUCCUGAACGCCGUGGCCCAGCUUUUCGUGGUGAAGAAAGCACGCGGGAUCAGGAACGACGUCAAGACGUUCGCCGCGAAGCUACGCGUGACCAUCGUCCUGGAGGGGUUGCGGCACAUCGAGGCAUACGUAUCCGUGCAAGAAGGUUUCUUCAUGGAUUGGUCGAACUACGGGGAUGAAGUGCGUGACGAGCUGCCGAAGUCGGGGUGGAAGAUCGAGCCGGGUCUUGACAACAAGAUGCGCGUCGGGUCUCGUCAGUGCGCCAGGCUGAUGUUCAUUGCACAGCUCCGCCACACCGCCCAGAACCGUAGAUGGCUCCAGCAGUUCGUCUUCGCGAUCCUGGCCACUGUCAUACAGACCCCCCUGCGUGUCUUCCUUCCAUACCGCAGCCUUUCGGACGCAUAUGGAGCGACGUGGGAUCACACCCUCUUCCGACCGCUCUACAGCUCUGGGCCGCCACGCCCAGCAGUCCAUGUGGUUUCAACGAUUGCCUCAUCUGCGGAAUAUCGAACUGAUUUCGAGGACGCAGCGGGUUGGCGGGCCCAGCACAUGCCGCACCAACCCGAGCUGAAUCACUGGGUGUCGUUGUCCUCCGAAAACGCCGCCACAGCGCACGCGUCGGCCGUUGCGGCGUCUGCGCAGUUGAGGCAGACUGCAUGGCAGACCCGCGAUGAUGCGCAGGUGGCAGUGGCCCUGGCACAAGCUCAACAAGUGCCGGGGCAUGAGGAGACUCUCCUCGCGGAGGUGAAGACCGCCGUCAAGGAGGUGGGAAUAAACCGACUCAUGGUAGGGCAAGGCCUCUUCAAACCCCUGUUGACCUAGGACCUCUCGUUUUCUUUCCCCGGACCCCCCCGCACGUCCAGGCCAGCGACAUGUGCAAGAAGCGCGAGGAUUACCACGCACUACUGACAGGCAACUACUUCGUGAGUUGUAACGUGUGCCACCAGAUUUGUCAGAUUUGGUACAAGAGCUCGCCUGUGAGCGUUUCGUUUGGGUGGGGUUUACCAUUAGUAAGGGCAGUGUGUUCUUGUUGGGCGUAGAUUUAGCGCUUUGUCACCGCAUUCAGCGCCAAACACUCUCAGUAACCUGACGAAACAACUAUAUAUAUUGUGAUGGGAUGUCCAUUCGGCUAUCCAAAUCGAACACCCGAUUUCGACGUCCAUCCUUUGCGCCUCGCUAGGUCCCGUUGGCGUCUGCCCAAGCGGCAGCUGAAGCCGACAAGGAAGCCGACAAGAAAUGCGUGGUGAGACACCGACUCUGGACCGCGUAGUCAGGGAGUUGGCUGCAACAGUGUUCAUUUUCGGUGGCGCCUGGCACUUACACGGUGUCCGAAUUUCAGCACGCGUUUUUUUCGGGACCGUUUCUUUGUUCCUUCCGCCUUGCCUGUUGCCAGGAUGAAGAGUCCGAUGAAAGAAGGAGGAAAGCGAAAGCGGCGGCGGCGUCCCGGCCAAAACCUACGGAGCAGGGAGGGGGGUUGGGCGUCGGUGGGAAGACGGGAAGGGGAGAGUCGAGCGGUGGGGUUGGAGUUGUGUGGAUGUUCGGGGUCGUUCACGCUCCAUGGCAUGAGGUUGACGAAAAUCAGGGUUUCUACCCUUGUCCUCUGCGCAUGUUGAGAGCACACACUCUUCAGUAUUUUCCUUCUUUGUUAUGUGUAUUGCACGUUGCCUGCGUUUAGAUGUGUCUGUUCCGAAGUGAUGUGCUUUAACGUUUCGUUGCGCGAUGCCGAGAGUGGAUGAAAGCUCG